GUUUUGGCGACGGAGGGGGCGUUUCUUCCGCAUUCGUUUCUUGUAUUUACACAGUAGUUGUGAACGUGUAUUUUGUCAAGAUGAUUGAUCAGAAAGCACAAAAUAUAAGCUCUAUUCCAAUCGAUGCAUUUAGCAAUAUGCGAAUCACAUCAAUAUGGACAUUUCUGAUGUCUAUACAGUGGUCGGAGCCGUGGCUUAUUGGACUUCUGGGGUUCCAUGCUGUCUGUCUCCUUGCAACUCUCCUGACACGUAGAUUCUACAGAGUGCAAAUAUGCCAGUUCCUGGUUAUGGUAUGCAUGGUGUACAGCGCUGAAUAUCUGAACGAGGUGGCAGCCAUGAACUGGAGGUCAUUUUCCAAGUUCCAGUACUUUGACUCAAAUGGGAUGUUCAUAUCUUUGGUCUACUCCAUUCCCCUUCUGCUCAACACAAUCAUCAUUGUUGCGUUGUGGGUGUACAGGACGUUCUCCACCAUGAUAGAGCUGAAGACCCUGCAACUGAAGAGAAAGGCCCGUAGAGAGCAGAACAAGAAGACUGACUAAUCACUUUCCUCUGGGACCUCCAUUGAGAUCAGUGGGGUGCUGAUGCUGGGAAUCACCUCAACUGGAUCCAUGUUAACUUGGCUAACAUGGUGCCACAUCAGCAUCACAUGGCAAACAUCUGCAUCACAACAUGGUUGGUUCCAGUGCUUCGACUGCCUAAACUUUUUGAAAGGUAGAUCGUUACUGUGUUUGUAUUAACUACAGUAUGAAAAGAGUGGAGGGGGUGAUCACUAUUGUCUUCCAUCUUUUCAAUGGGUAAAUUUCACACCUGCAUUGCUUAUAUACUUGCCCAAGUUGAUUUCCCUCUGCAAAUCAGAACAGACUGGAUGGCUGAAGAAGUAUGGUUGUGGUAAAGUUGCCUUUUUUCAUUAAGUGAAUAUCAUUUGAUGGAAUACAGUGUACAUAUAAAACAUUUAUUAGGGGGACCAAAUAUGUUAUCAAACAUUUAUAACAUUUUUUUCUUCAUAUUAUGUGAGAAGGUAGCCUACUUGUUUUGCACAACAGUGUAAUGCUCAUGGCAAAUAUUGUCGUUAUUUUUCAUGUAGUGAUAAUGGUUAUGGAAAAUAAAAUGUUGUAUUGAGGCAUAAA